AUGCCACUAGACCCACAUGUCAGUCUCUUUUUUUUCCUUUUCUUCUUCUUCUUCUACCUCCAACCCGUCUGGCCACGCACUCCAGCCGAGACCCAUGCCGGCCGCCCCGCCCGCUCCUGCUCCGCCCAGCCCCGCCCUACCCCGGCCGAGACCCAUGCCGGCCGCCCCACCCGCUCCAGCUCCGCCCAGCCCCGCCCUACCCCGGCCGCGCUACGCCGUGCCGCUCGCCUCGCCCGCGCCGGCCCGUCCCAGCUCGCUCCGCCCCACCUAGGGCGCGCUGCCCCCGCCCCGGCCGCGCCGCCCGCGCGGCCCCGGCCUCCGCCACGCCCGGCCUCGCCCAGCCCGCGCUGCCCCGCCCCGACCGCGCCGGCCCACCCCGCUGCGCCGCCCCGGCUACGCCACGCCCGGCCUCGCCCAGCCCGCGCCGACCCCGGCCUCGCGCUGCCCGCGCCCGGCCGGCUCCGCCACGCUCCGGCCCGACCCGGCCGCGUCGCCCCUCCCCGUCCACGCCCGCUCCGCCCGAGCCGCCCCGCAGCGAGCUCACCACGCCCCGCGCCGCCCCGCAGUGAGCUCAUCCGCCCCACCCGCGCCACGCCGGAAUUUGGUUGGAUUCCUAAUUUAGUUGGAUUCCGGCGACUGUACCGGCGGAAGCAGUUAGCUCAAGUUGAAAUUUCAGCGCGCCACGAGUAG